UAUACACUGGGUCCAGGGCUGGGCUUGCUCCAUGCUCUCCUCCCUGACUCAUGCUGGAUGUGCCCGGGACAGGAGCCGCAGAGCCCGGGAACCAAGUGCUCCGGGGGCCACUCCUGCAGGUGGAAGAUUGUGUAGAACCUUGGAUUGCGACAGUGGAAACUUCAGAGGAUUUUUGGAUAUUUUCCUCCUUUUUGUCCCUUCUACCUAUGACGUGAAUGCUGCUCUGGAGAUGCUUAAUUUUCAUUGGGCUUGUUGACUUUUACCAAGUGUCAGAAUGUGAUGUUACCUAAGACAGUUCCCAUCGGUUCCUCUCUUAUUCUGGGCUUCAUUGAUGAAGAAACGACCGGUGCCUAUGCUGCUCUUACGUUUCCCACGAUGCUAGGAUUAUUGGCGUCUCACCAUGCCGAUCACUCAGGAGAAUGCUGCGUUUCAUCUGACUCUUCUACGCCAAUGGCUCCUGGACAAUCUCCAGACACAAGACGGAGGACCCGAGAAAGGUCUGUACAUGGCCGCCGUCCAAAAACUCAAGGAAUACAUCCAGCUCAACUUCAACUUGGAUGAGGAACCCUCUGGCAGGUACCAGAGCACCUUAGACAUGGAAAUCUGCACUGCUUACCUCACCAGGGAUGGAGAAGACGACAUGGUCCUCGGUCUGAAUUUUGGAAACAUUCCGAUAUUUGGACACUGCGGUGAAAGAAGGAGAGGAAGUAAAAAGAGAAAAGUGCAGAACGGCCCAGUGCUUGAUGUUGGAUGUAUAUGGAUUACGCAUUUGAAAAAGCAAAGUCCGGCUGCGAAGAGCGAGAAGAUAAAGCUCCGAGACGAGGUCCUGUCCUUGAAUGGUCAACUAAUGGUUGGUGUCGACGUCAGUGGUGCCAGUUACCUGGCUGAGCAGUGCUGGAAUGGCGGAUUCAUCUACUUGAUCAUGUUACGGCGCAUUAAACGCAAAGCUCCUCUUCCUCCUACCAAUAGUGGCCAUGCCAACACGUGUGAACCCAAAGCAACAAGUUCUACCUCACAGCCAAGCAUUAGGGCGAUACAAAAUGGAAAAAGAACCAGGAAAUUUGGAGUCAUCUCAAAGACUUUGGCCAAAGACGGCAAGGAGAGUAAAGGAGGACAGGAGGGCAUUCAUGAAAAUGGGCAUUGUUCGCCCAUGGAGGUUGAUGGAGAACGUUGUGAUGAGGAGACCACUAGAAGAGCGGGUCACACCGGAGAGGACUCUCACAGCAGUUAUGACGAGGACAGGUUUGAGUACCGUGUGUCAAGCGCCGCAAGGACUGCCUCGAAACCAACCGAUUGCUUCACUCAGCGAGAAGGCUGCUGCAUAUGGAAGAUGCACAUGCUGAAGGGAUCAGAUGGACUAGGCAUUCAAAUUACAGGUGGCCGGGGCUCCAAGAGGUCUCCACAUGGCAUUGUUGUAGCCCAUGUAGAAGAAGGAGGCUCAGCAGACAGGGAUGGCAGACUGAAAGCAGGCGAUGAGCUGCUAAUGAUUAAUGGCCAGUCCUUGGUGGGACUCUCCCAUCAAGAAGCGGUGGUUAUUCUUCGGAGCGCGGUUGGAGUGGUGCAGCUAGUCGUGGCCAGCAGGGACGGCACAGACGUCGACUUCUGCAAGUACCCCUCCACCAGUCUGCCGGACCUAGUGAGUGCAUGCGCCGCCGAGGACGGCCACACGGAUAAUAAGGAGAACGUGCGCCCAGAUGAGGACGGUGAGAAAGGAUGCGGGGUGUCCGCGGCAGAGCCGGCAGCUGUAACGGAGACUGAGAAUUUUCAAGCACAAGAAGCAUCAGUGGACGAUGAUACCAAGGGCCUCUGCAAAAGUCCCACUUUGGGGAAUAGCCUUCUCAAGUACCGCAGUAGAUCACAAGGGAGCGGCAGCCGGCUGGAAUCGGUGGGAGAAGACGAUGAGCUGGCGGUGGGUAAUGAGGACUCUUACAUUGAUAAAGGAGAGAAAUUUCUACGUGGAGGUCGGAAACAUUCCCUGCCCCACCAGCUGGACACUACAGGAUCCCGUCAGGAAUAUGCUAUUGUGAAAAAGACGGCGAGAUCUUUAAGCACGGUGCAGGUGGAGUCUCCCUGGAGGCUCGCUCAGCCAUCGAUCAUCUCUAAUAUCGUCCUAAUGAAAGGACAGGGGAAGGGUCUUGGAUUCAGCAUUGUCGGUGGUCAGGAUUCAGCCAGGGGUCGCAUGGGGAUCUUUGUGAAAACCAUCUUCUCGAAUGGAGCCGCAGUUGCCGACGGGAGGCUUAAAGAAGGAGAUGAAAUUUUGGAAGUGAAUGGAGACUCUAUACAAGGGAUGACGCACCAAGAGGCCAUUCACACCUUUAAGCAACUCAGGAAAGGUGUCGUAACGUUAACGGUACGCACCAGGCUCCGCAGUCCCAGCCUAACGCCAUGUCCAACGCCAACACUGAUGAGUCGCUCCAGUUCUCCAAAUUCCAGUAUCAGUGUUGCGGGAUCUGUGGUCGCCACGGAAGAUGGGGACUCAGCCUCUCGUAGAGGUCCCGGUCCCAAAGACAGGAUUGUUAUGGAAGUGACUCUUAACAAAGAACCCGGUGUUGGUUUAGGUAUUGGUGUCUGCUGCCUCACCCUUGAAAAUAGCUCUCCAGGGAUUUAUAUUCACAGCCUAGCCCCAGGAUCUGUUGCCAAGAUGGAUGGAAGACUGAGCCGAGGUGAUCAGAUAUUGGAAGCUGACUCUGUGAGUCUUCGUCAUGCGGCGCUGAGUGAGGCAUACGCCAUAUUGAGCGAAUGUGGGCCGGGUCCUGUAAGCCUGAUCAUCAUUCGCCACCCAAACCCAAAGAUGUCGGAACAAGAAAUGGAUGAAGUCAUCACUCGUACCACCCAUCGCGAGAGCAGGGACCCCGGGAAUUCUCACAUCACAGGCCUCCAUUCCAAGAGCCCUUCUCCAACUGUGAAGCCGAAGCAAGGAGAUGGACAAGCACCACUCAGCUGGACAAUGAAACGUUUCCUGGAGCCGGCUAGUCGGGGAUCGGUAAGUUCUGAAGGGGAACUGUCUCAAUACUUCUCACAGGAUGCCCCCAGCCAGUCCUCUUUGUCGGACACGGUGGUAACUGGCUCUAGUGACGAAGACCAGCUGCGAGUGAGGAGUGCGAGCAACUCAAUGGAGGAAAACACUGCUCCUUUCAGUCCUGCCAAAAAUGGCGGAACAAAAUGUCAAGGUUUGCUUUCCCUACCUCUGAGAAAUGGACUGACGCAAAGUCCCGGAAGCAAACAUGUUGCCUCUAGACAGUCCAGCAUUGAUGGAAGCCCACAAUCCAUAAGAAGUCCCCUUCAAAGACAGAGAAGAAUUGUCUGUUACGAUGAUGACGAGGGCAGCGAAGAUGAUGACUUUGGUAAAAAAGACAGACAUUUCUGUGAUACUAAGAAAAAGAAUGCUGAUGAGGAUUCCGGGAUCGUUAUGACCACCUCUUCCCUGGAUGUCGAUGAAGAGAUCCAGUCGGAUGACUUGCCUAGAAGUGUUAUCGGUGAGGCAGGGUUGUCUACGUGCUGCAGUUCUGUGGAGUCAGAGGACUGCACUCUUGAGCAUGGUGCGGACGGGCCUUUUUUAGCUAUAAAGUCUUUUGAAUACACCGGCAAGACUGAUGUACGUCCAAGCACUUUGGGAAUAAAAGACCCAUUAGAAGGUCAGUCGGAAAAUAAGAGGUCUCCAAAACUGGAACAUAAAGCUGUUACCCGCAUCAAGAGCAUGAUGAGCACCAAGAGCCCUAAUACUUCCAAGCAUAGAAAUGAGGACAAUAAACAGUGUCCCAAGUCCACAAAGACGAUCCCACCGGUGAAGAAGACAGAAGGGGCAGAGGUGCUGGGCAGAUGUAACACAGAAACCGUGGAACUUCUGUGUAGUGAAUAUGAGUCUGUUGGUUUAGAUCUGGAAAUCAAAGAAUCUCCUGUGAGAAUUAUAAUAGCCGGAUUGAGGCUGCAUGGAGAAACAGAUAAGGAACCUAUAGGAAAGUUGGCUCCCGGAGAUGAAAUUCUAUCCAUUAAUGGCAUCCGUGUGAGUGAUAUGUCUUAUCAAGAAACCUGUGACUACGUUCAGUGCUUACCUUCAGCUGUAACACUGGAAGUCCGAAAGCCAGUAUCAGCUGUUGACAGAUUGUCUCACAUUAUCAUGGCAUCAGGAGCAGAUACAAGCAGACCUGACCAAAAAGAGGUAACAUCAACUGGACAAUCGCAAGAAUGUGAAAUUAAUGAUUUUCCAAUGGUUGACUCAACGUUAUCUCCUUCUAAACUGGAAACAAAGGAGGAACAACUGGAAGCCAAAAAUUGGUCCUCUCCAGGUCACUGUAGUGGCAGUCCCGUCACCAACAUUGACGAGUUUAUUCAUGAGUUAAAAGAUUGUGAUCCUGUUCCUCAGUCUAAAAUUGGGCUGAACCAAGGUGAUGGCGUGGAUGCUAGUACGAUCCCAGAACAAAUUGCUUCCUGUAAUCUUGAUGUAAGACCUCUGGCGCAAUCUAGUAUAUCUAAAACCUCUGCCAGUCCUACUGGUGGUUUGGAUAACCACCUGGGAUUUUCCGUUUUGGACUCCAUUCCCAUAGAAAAUACCAUGGUCAUUAAUAAGAGCAUUUUAGGUAAUUACUGUAGAAAUUUUAGCAGCCUUGUGAACGACGACUUCUCACUCUCUGAAAAAUUUGAAAGCAGCUCUAUCGAUAUUUCAACUUCGAUGUAUGGAACUGUGGAUGACUCCGACAGUGAAUCCUUACUGGAAAUUCCUUCUGAUUCUACCAGUGAUAUGAUUUCAUCUCUUCAGAACCAGUCUUUUGUGUCCGAAACCCAUGCCACCACUGAUUCUGAGGAUGAGCAAAUCGAAAUAUGUUGUGGUUACAAAAAAGAUCAUAUUGAAAUUCAGAGGACGUCUGUGGUUAAUUCACCAGCACAGAUUAAUAGUGGACCUAUGAAACUGGAUAUAGAUUCUGUAAAUAGUCUACAGACCUCCAGUCACGGUACAAUUUCCCCAGACCAAGAGAUUGCUGGAAACAUGCUAGAUCAGACUCUUAUAGAUGCUUUACUUAAGGAAGAUUCUCAGGAACCUAAUGAUCGUUGUGCCUUAAAUACAAAAGAUCAUGGAAAAGAGGUAAUCAGUACAGGUAAUAUAAUGGUGCCUUUAUCUGGUUGUACUAUGGACACUAGCACUCCAUCCUGUAUAAAAGAUCACAUCAUGGCGGGGUCCUCACAUGUUGAUAGCAAAACAUCUGUAGAAAAUGAUAAAAAAAGGUUCAGUGCUUGUUCUCAAGAAUCCAUUGGUGUCACCAAAUCUCCCUCUACCAGCAAACGCAGCCAGUCACCGACAACACACGAUAAAGACCUAAAGGGGAAAACGGAGACAAAAACAAGCAAAAGCUUAGCAAUAAAAACAUCUACUGUAGCAGAACAUAAGGUAAAUGCAAAAGUUCAUCAUGAGAAUAAGAGGCCACCGAGUAGCUUGGAUAUGUUAAGUGCUCAGAUGCCUAAACCCGGACCCAAACUGAAAGGUCUCUGCAUUAAAAGCAGGAACAGACCAAACACUGAUAUAGCAAAACCAAGCACUAAUAAGAUUGAAAGUCGUGACUGCAGAAAAUCAUCCCCGCAACCAUCACCUAAACUUCUUCAUAAGAGGUCCACCAUUACAGAUGCCCUUUCUUCUCCCAGAGUGAUGGGCACCAGAUAUUCAAAAACUUAUGAGUAUGAAGAAAAGAACAAGUCUUUUCUACCUCUGUCUAAAGCAGAUUCCUAUACUGCUUUAAGCCCCAAGACAAACGCACCAUUGAGUGAGAAGUCACAUUUUGGUGGAACAAAAAAUUGUCCACUUGAAGGAUACCAAGAGAAUGGUUCCUUGGUAAACAUUACUAGUAUGGAUAUGGAAAAACGACUGGAAAAUGGAGGGAAAAUCCCUCUUGAAGCAACGAGCAGUUGUCCUAAUGGAAAAAUGGACACAGUAAGUGACGGCAAAUCAAGACGAAGCCUAAAUGGACUAUGUAGAAACCUUACUGCAUCCAAAAAUGAAACACAACAUGUAGCUUCCCUCGCAGUCAAUGAAGAACAAGUGGACAACCAAGAUAUUCAACGCACAUUCAUGGAAGUAAAAUUAUCACCUUCAUUGUCAAGUGGACACCAAAUGUCUUGUAAAAAUGACCUUCCUCAAAAAAGCUGUAUUUCCAACAAUAUGGAAUUUGCUCUAGUUUUUAAAUCGCCGAAGCACAAGCCGGACAAGCUUACAGAGAAGCCCCCUAGUGGGGCUAAGUCUGUGACAAGAACUUACUCAAUGCCACUACAACUCCCCAAUGUCAUGGACCUGGACAUGAUGCAUGGAAAGGAAAGUCUUAAUGAUGAUCAUCUCGUUUCACCGAUAUCAGAUCAAAGUAUGGAUGACUGCAUUGUUCAAGAUGUAUCUAAAGCAGCUGAAGAGAAACAAGACGCUAAGGGGAAGAACUCUCUAAGGAGUGAUGUGCUAAGAACUAUUAAGAGAAACUAUUAUUAUGAACUCAACUGGCCCCACGAAACAGCCUCGUCUCUGACCGUAAAGCAAAGGAUUAAGUCAUUUGAAAAUCUUGUAAAUUUCGAUAAAAGCAUCAUGAGAGUGAUUGAAAUUAAUAACACUCCAUUUUCUACCAAGACUCCUCUAAGUAGAAGAUCCUCAGGGUCCGUCACCUUGCAGACACAAUCCAGUGAGAACACUAAGGUUUUGAGACGAAGUUUAAGUUCUUGUUGUGACAGCCAAAGUGAAGUGUCUUUAGCAACACAAAUCAAAAAAUCUCCAUCAAGUGUGGCCUUAACAGAAAAAAUGCCUGUGGGCCCUGUCGAGGAAGAUCCAGUACCUGAGUCAACCAGGACUGAGAAGACAGAGGUCUCUGUACAAGGUGUGCAGGUUAGAAAAAACAGGACAACUUCAAGCCAUAUCCGACCAUCUCUGUCACGUACUAAGCUGCGGGAGCUGAGAGCACUGAGCAUGCCAGACCUUGACAAACUGUGCAGUGAAGAUUUCUCCACCGAUUCGAAAGAUCUACAGUGUAAAACAGAACUUGAGAUCACACCUAGAAGUGACACAUUGUCUGCUCGGAUAAGCUCUAAGGAUAAUGGCGGGUAUGACGGUGAAAUCGCCGAAGACUGGGAGCUUGCUAGAAGAUUCUGGUCAGUCAGCUUGGAUCAGCUCACCGUCUCCACCAGGGACCAACAAAAGCUACAGACUGUUUUGACUUCUGUAGAAUCCACAUCAGAUGUUAUCGCGCUGAUUCAAGAGGCGAAAACGCAAGUUGAGAAGAAAGAAGACGUCUACUUUGUGGUCCUGAGUAAGGAGGAGGGUGCCGGUCUGGGGUUCAGCAUUGCCGGAGGAAUCGACCUGGAGCAGAAAGCAGUGACUGUGCACAGAGUCUUUUCUAAAGCCGCCACGUCCCGUGACACCAUCAUCGAGCGCGGAGACCGCAUCCUGUCUAUCAAUGGCCACUCUCUACGCGGUGCAGCUCACGGAGACGCCCUGAGCGCCUUGCACAGAGCCAAGCUGAACAGAGAGGCUGUCGUUGUGAUACGAAAGGAGGGCGACAGGGAGAGGCCGUGCAGACCAGACACGUCUGGGGCUGGAGGAAGACACCCCACAUCUGGAAGGGAUGUUUCUAUGGCCACUGAUGCAGCUGAUGUCGAUCUGCGGGAUGCAGUCUGUGUGGAGCUUCACAAGACGUCGGCCGGGCUGGGCUUCAGCCUGGACGGAGGGAAGGCGUCUAUUUAUGGGGACAGGCCUCUGUUCAUCAAAAGGAUAUUUAAAGGUGGCGCCGCUGAGCAGGCUGGAAGAAUAGAAGCUGGAGAUGAAAUCAUUUCGAUUGGUGGAAAAGCUUUGAUCGGCCUCAUGCACUAUGACGCCUGGAAUAUCAUCAAAGCGGUUCCUGAGGGGCCGGUGCAGUUACUGAUCCGAAAACACAGAACCGCCGUGUGAUCAGGGCCCCCCCCCCCAAUGCACCUAUUCUCUAUAGAAACGGCUGAGCGCCCCCUAGCUGUGCCCAUGGGAAUGAUUUCUCUGUGAAGACCUGGGACAUCACACACAGGUGGCACCGGACACUUGCGGCUGGACUUUCCAGGAGAUCAGCAGGUUCAGCAUUGACUGCGCCACUGUCCAUGGCGGUGCCAUGCAGCGAGGACCUGCGAGCCUGUAUUUCUUAUGUGGAGAUUAAACUUGAAUAAUAACAUUUAUUUAUAUCUCCUACAUGCUAUCUUUGAAGCAUCACAAGAAGCGUGUUGCAUUUAUGAGGCUGUCGAUGUAGCAGAGCUGAAUUUGCCGUUAACUGUUUCCUCUUGAGCACUGUGAUAAUGUCCAGUAGAUGUAGCAGUGGUCGUAUGGUAAACAGCAGAUAACAUAUUGUGGUAUCCCGAUGAGCUGUGCCCCACAUGACAGACUUGGCACUGCUAGAGACAUUCAGCUCUGCUACAACUCGACAUAGCAGAAGCCUGUUUUUUGGGUUUGCUUACAUUUGGUCGCAUAGCAUCUAUUCACAUGAUGCACAUUUCUCUCUAGGUUGGAAAACCUGAUGCAGUAUAUGGCACUAUGAGAUGGCGGUCCAGCCCCAGGACACCGGCCCUUUAAUAUCUCCAAAGUCUCCUUUCAGGAAAUGUUGGGUGACGACAAACUCUGCCACAAUUACAGGGUUUGUUACUCUGCUUUGUAGCCAGCUUGGUUGGCAUCCAGCUUUCCCAGGCUGAAUAGAUUUAUUUUCAUACAAAAAUGUUCUGCGUGUAAAAAGAGGUUCAUCACGAAGGCAGCAGGAUAUAAUCUACAGAUGUAGCAGAGCUGGAUUUGUAAUGUCAACCUUAUUUAUGCGACUUGAUCUGAGUAAGAGGGACAGGGCAAGUUUACUGGCAGUCCUAUGUAAAACUGCAGGUAGCACAUUAUAAGAUCAUGAGUAGUGUUGAGCGAACUUGUGUUUUAAGUUCGGCGUCUAAAGUUCGGGUUAUCGAAGAAUCGCGUUAUGGAUUCCGCUACCACGGACCAUAACGGAAUUUCUUUGAUAACCCGAAAUUUAGACGCCGAACUUAAAAACACAAGUUUGCUCAACACAAAAUCAUGAGGAUCUGAAAUGACAAUCUCAGCUCUGCUGAAUCUGUAAUGUGUAGCUCCAGCUCAACGAGAUGAUUGAUAGCGUAUUGAGAGUGGAGGACUAGCGCCAUCUGGUGGCCAAUUACAUUAUAUACCCAGAAAAUGAUCUAUAUUUAUACAUAGAUUUAUGGAAAUCGCAUCUAUACAGAGUAUAUAGAAUUGCCAUAUGACAGAGUUAUUUUCCUACCAUGAACCCCCACACUGGUCAUCAACGGGUAAAUUCUCUACAUUGUCAUAUGAUAUUAUUCACAUACAGCAGUGCGCUGCAGCCGAUUGCUGAACUACAAUUCCCAGCAUUGUUCCCACAGCCUGAAGCUGCAUGCUGGGAGUUGCAAUUCCACGGCAGCCGGGGAGCGUCAGGCUGCAGGCCACUGAUAUAGAGAUGUGGUUCAUAAGAAAGUAUUUUUAACACUGAAUAUGCCAGAUCUUCUCCAUCGUCGCAUCCUGAUCUAUAGGCGGUUUCUUCCCCUCAUCCGUGAGUCAUGUGUGUGAUUGAAGAUGAUGGGAGUAGGACUGACAGAUUCCUCACUCGACACCUUGCACUUUUGGAUGUAAAUAUGGGGAACAGGGGUCAGACCCCGUAUUUACUGGUCCCCGUGCCUUGUCUCACAGACAGUAUUAACUUAAAGGAAGAUUCCAUGCAAAACUUCAGGCCUUUUGCAGGGCUCCAGAGGGUGGGGCAUGACAGAUAUACCCUCUUUGGUGAUAUUUAAAUUGAUGUCAUGCUCCACCCCUUUAUGCUUUUUUUGGUUGGUAUAACACAAUGUAUACAUUGUGCUUGAGCAUUCCUUUAAGGCCUGUUGCCCACAAACGUAAGGGCUCUGUGCCCAUGCUGUGGAGUGCAACUUGCAUGGGCACCGACCGCAGGGCAGCCGCAUGCGGAUCGCAGAGCCAUUCACUUAAAUGGGGUCCGCGAUCCGUCUG